CAUUUUUAGGGUUUAGCAGAUUUUCUUCUUCUCCAGGGUUUUAACCGGAGCUCCAAUAAAUUUAGAAGAAGACCAAAACGACGACGUUCAAGCACAUAAGCUCGCGCAUUUAAGCGCAAAACGGCGUCGCUUUAUUGACAAAAAUGUCCUUCCCUCUUAUUCUUCAACCCGCCAAUGUCUUCUUCACCCCUAAAACCCUCACCAGCUUCCCCAAAGCCUUGAGCUCAAUUUCAAUGUCAGACCAACCCGAACCCACAAAACCCACUUCCCAAAAUGCCCUCCAAGCCACGCAGAAUUACCCUGUGCCCCUCUCCCCGCCUCUCCCACCCAUCUCAAAGAACAUAGAGCUGGCGAGAGCCAUGUCCGCCUCUUCCAAAUCCAGCCUCUUUUCUCUGUCGCGGGACGACGUCGUUUACGAGGACCAGUGGCUCAUUGUUGUCAACAAGCCACAGGGGAUUUACUGUGAGACUGUGCUGGAAUCGGUCCCUAAGCUUCUCUUUGACUCGGCCGAGUCAGUUGCAGGGACUGAAGCUAUAGUGCCAGAGCUCCAUCUUGCAAACCGUCUUGAUCGGGACACUAGUGGAGUAAUGAUAAUAACCAAGUCACAUAAAGUAGCUGCCAAACUUGUUAAGGCAUUUACUGAUCAUAAAGUUUCCAAAACGUACAUUGCACGCUGCAUUGGCUCAGCUCCGAAAUGGGAAAGAAUCACUGUUAGAUCGGGUCAUGGUCGGUCAAAGUUUGGGGCCUGGAGGGUGUAUGCUGCUUCAGAUGUAGGCCGGACACUUCCAGGUGGAUCAGUAGUCAGAGACAUGGAAACAUCAUUUGAAGUAAUAUCAAUAAAUGGACAAGGGAUCUUCAAAGAGCCAUCUGAGUUUAGAACAGAUGAAGAUAAUAUUGUAGUAGUUGAAGAAAAAUCUGUAGUAGAUGGAGAUGCAAAGAAGGAUGAGAUUCUGGUGAGAGCACGUCCUCGGAGUGGAAGGACGCACCAAAUCCGCUUGCAUUGCCAGUAUCUUGGAAUUUCGAUAAGAGGGGAUGUUAAGUAUGAGGGUGUCUACGAGUGGAAAGGGACAACAUAUGAAGGCCAUGAACUUCAUGCAGAAAGCUUGUCUUUGGAGCACCCUAUUACUGGUCUUCCUGUAUUAUUUCGAGCACCCCUACCAUAUUGGGCCAGCCAGGCGUUGCAGCCAUAGUUAUGUUUGGAGGUUCUUGGUGUUACAUGUCCCGUUCAGUUUUCAUGCAUAAAAGGAGAAGUUGUAGGAUAUAGUCUUGGUGUAAAUCACUAUGUACUGACUGCAGUUGAUUCAACUUGAAGGGAGCUGAAAUUUUUAGACUUUGCCUGUUUGCAAACCCGUACCCUUAUUCACUUCAUUACAAUUAACUCUCGAGAGAAGGUCUGAUGCCAAAAUUGAGCUGUCAUAUGCCUCGAGUUACCGCAGCAGCCUCCUCGUCGCCUGAGCUCCUUAUAUUCAAUUUUGAUUGAUCAUACAGGCAGAAUGGUUUGGAAUUCAAAUGUCAUGAGUCAUGACUACUCUUGUAAGUAACAAAUUGCCAGGAAAUUCUGAUAUACCAUUUUCUUUUCAAAUUUUUGUGCGCAUAACUAGAAUUUGCGAUUGCUAGCUUGUGUUGAUGUUGUCAAACUUGUUUUCCCUUAGAUUCAUGUAUAAGUUCAUCUCAUAGUUGCUAAGAAAUGAAGAAAUAGGCGGUGAUGUGUCAUUAUUAUCAUUAUGUAUGCUGAGCAGUAUACAAUUAUAUGCAUGUAGUGCGUUGUCAACAACUAUAUGAAUCAUGAAGUGGGACAACAACACUUUA